GAAUUAAUUCCUUUGAUCAGAAAAGAAAAGAAAAAUUGCGUCAACAGGUUGUACAAGGGGAAAGGGAUGGCCGGUAAUUAGUAAUCACAUUGGAGCCGUCUGAUUCUCUAAAGAGAGCUUGGUCUUCCUCGAAACGAAACAACGAGAGCCUCCCGAGUCCAGAGUCCAGCCAUCGAUCAACCUCAAACUAAACCCACCCCCCUUUCUCUUCCUCUCCCUCUCCGCAGUAAGAGCAAGACCAUUUCUUACGUACUUGCUUCGUAUCAAGUUUUGAAUCCUUUUGUUUUUCCUCCCGAAUUCAAUUUCAGCUUCUGGGUUUUAGUUUGCUUUUCAAGGCUAAUGCAAGUGGUGCCAGCGCCAAAAUGGGACAAGAGGCAACUGCACUUGAGGAUUCUCCAGUUGAGUCCUUGCUGCAGGCUGCAAGAUAUGAUGACAUGGAAGACAUUACGUCGUUAGUAUCCGAUGGUGUUUCUCUUGAUUCUAAGGAUUCCCAGGGCCGAACAGCACUACACAUGGCUUCUGCUAAUGGUCAUCUUGACAUUGUGGAGUAUCUUAUCAGUAGAGGAGUGGAUCUUAAUGCUUCAAAUGCGGAGAUGAAUACACCCCUACAUUGGGCCUGCCUGAAUGGACAUGUCGAGGUGGUUAAGAAAUUGAUCUUGGCGGGAGCUAAUGUAGGUGUACUAAACAGCUAUGAGAAGAGCCCAAUUGAUGAAGCUUUGAGUGGGCAAAAGAUGGAUGUUAUUGAUGCCAUUAAUGAAUCAGUGGCCCAAGUAGAGCUUACUGGCAUCAGAGUGUCCUAGUGCAUUGCAGCUCUAAUGAAAUGUAGAUGACGAGUUUACGACAGAUCCAGAGAUGUUAUCUUAUUAUCUUUUUUAUUUUCUUAUUGCAAGCUUGUAAUCGGAAACUUUUGGUUAUAAAUGUAGAAGAUUGCUAAAUUCUAUUAUCUUAUCAUCAUUUUUAUUUUCUUA